AUGUCGGAUCCCUCAAUUGUCAAUGGCCAUGCACGAACACCGGUCUACUUCCUUGGAAUCGGUGGCCCUAACUUCAUGGAAAAUCAUGAUCACCCUGCCUACACUAAGCUACAAGCCAUCGGACGGGAGAUCACCACAAAAGUAAAGCCCAAGGCAGUGGUCGUGUUUUCAGCCCAUUGGCAAGCAAGUCCGAGCCGGAUCGAAAUCAACGUCGACGAGGACACAAACAUCAUUUAUGACUUCUAUGGCUUUCCCCCGCACUACUAUCAAUAUGACUAUCCCAACAAGGGAAGCCCCGAAAUUGCCAACAAGGUGGCACGAAAGCUUGAGGGUGCUGGUAUUGAGGUCGACAGAGUGAGACGGGGCCUCGAUCACGGUGUUUGGGUGGGUUUUAUUGCCGCCUUCCACCCCAAAGAAAACCCCUUGAAUGUACCCAUCGUACAGGUAUCAUUAUAUGAUAAUGAAGACCUAGAUAAACACUAUGAAAUGGGACAGACACUCGAAAGUCUGCGAGACGAGGGUAUUCUCAUAAUCGGCGCUGGUAUGGCUGUCCACAAUCUUCAUGACUACCGCGCUAUGAGAGGAAGUAGCAGGGCCAUGCCUUACACUUCCAGUUUUGAAGAUGCAUUACAACGGGCUGCAACUGCAAAUCCAGAGAAACGCCAGGCAUGCUUGUCAACCUUGAUGAAAACCAGCGACGCCCGGAAGGCUCAUCCAACUUGGGAGCAUAUACACCCAAUGUUUGUUGCUGCAGGAGCGGCAGGUUCUGAUGUCGGAGAGCGGCUGUGGACUUUUCCGGAAUCGAGUCUGAACUGGGCACAAUAUCGGUUUGGCAAUCUUCCUACACUGACCCCCCCUAAAGUUAUUGAAUCUGCCUGUCGCUCUCUGCCCCCUAUCUGA